AAAAAUUACGGCGUGGAUUUAUGGUUAAAAUUUAGCGAAACUGUCUGUUGCUUGUUUUACAAAGUAAUUGUUGAAUUAGAGUUUUACACAGAAUUUUAUAAGCUUGUUUGUAAUCUAAAUUAGGAGUUGUGGAUGUUGAGAUAAUGACCGAUAAUUCAAAAGUUUUGAGGCAAAGUUUGUGCAUAUCAUUGUCAUUAGCGCGUAAGUCGGGCUCCCCGGUGUUUAGUGUGUUAUAGCAGCGGCAGACAGUAUUUUAGGAAAUGGUGCUGAUUGUGUUUGCUAACGGAUCAAAAGAGAAUUUUAUUUGAUUGUGUGUAUUGAAGUAGCAGCGAUAAUUAGGCGUCGAGAUGUAUCCAGCGCCGACGCGGCACCCGGCUGCCGCGGGACCUCAGCCUACGUCUGGGCCCAUAAAGUUUACGAUAGCCGACACUUUAGAACGUAUCAAAGAAGAGUUUAACUUUUUACAAGCCCAAUAUCACAGAUUGAAGUUAGAAUGUGAGAAACUGGCAAGUGAGAAAACAGAAAUGCAAAGGCAUUAUGUUAUGUAUUACGAGAUGUCGUAUGGACUUAACGUGGAAAUGCAUAAACAGACUGAAAUAGCAAAGAGGCUUAACGCUAUAAUAGCCCAAGUUCUGCCGUUCCUUGCGCAAGAACAUCAGCAGCAAGUGGCGUCAGCGGUGGACAGAGCGAAGCAGGUCACCAUGUCUGAGCUCAACGCUAUCAUUGGGCAGCAACAGCAACAAGGCCUCCAGCAACUCCUUCAGCAGAUCCAUGCUUCGGCGGGCCUGUCACACGGAGUGGGCGGGGCUUCGGGUCUGCUAGGGGCGGGCGGGUUACUCUUCGCGCCGGGGGCGGGGCCGCCGCCGCCGCCGCACUUGCCGCCGCAAGCGCAUAAGGUGGAACUCCCUCCCCCGGCCGACAUCAAGCCCCCAGUCUUGCCAGGGGGGCCGGCCCCGCCCCCCUUGUUGCCGGGGCAACCGCCGCCUCGCGAGGAUGACAGGCACGCGGCGUCCAGGGCUAUGCAACAAUUACCCUUCCAGAGACGUUCAGUAUCGCCGCACGAGCGCGAGCAAAAGUACCGGCCGCGCUCGCCAGCCGAACCGGAGGCUUUGGACGCCAAGCGACGGAAGGAGGAGAAGGUACUCAGUCAUGACAGCGACGCGGAAAAAAGUGACCAAGAUCUUGUAGUAGAUGUGGCCAAUGAGGAAGAGAGGGGUUCCCCAAGCGUUCGCACUGAGGGCGGGGAAAGAACUGAAAAUGGACCGAGGCCGCCUUCUAGAUCCGGUUCAUCUUCAAGUCGUUCCACGCCCAAGAGCUCUAAAGAUGAGAAACCCGGAACGCCAGGUGCUAAAAUGGGGCGGGCUUCCACGCCCACGGGAUCGGGGCGUGGCUACGGGUUCCCGGGGUACGCGGGGUACCGCCCGCCGCACCCCUACGACCCGCCGCCCCAUCAUAGGACCAACGGGAUCGCGCCAGCCAAGCCCUACGGGUUCCCGGGCUACGCGGGGUACCGCCCGCCGCACCCCUACGACCCGCCGCCCCAUCAUAGGACCAACGGGAUCGCGCCAGCCAAGCCACGGGGCUACGGGUUCCCGGUUCACCCCUACGACCCGCCGCCCCAUCAUAGGACCAACGGGAUCGCGCCAGCCAAGCCAGCGUACUCAUAUCACACAUGUGGCGGGCCUCUUCAGCCCGUCCCAUUCCCGGCCGACGCGCUAAUCGGCCCGGGAAUUCCCCGGGGCGCGAGGCAAGUGGCUGCCUUGCCUCACGGUGAAGUGGUGUGUGCGGUGGCCCUAUCGCUAAGUAAUGGGGCCCGACACGCAUAUACUGGAGGCAAGGGGUGUGUUAAACUAUGGGAUAUCACGAAUCCGGUGUCACCUACAACGCUGGAACCUCUUUCACAGUUGGAUUGCUUGCAAAGAGACAACUACAUAAGAUCAGUAAAGCUUCUGCCGGACGGGCGGACCCUUAUUGUAGGCGGGGAGGCGUCCAACCUAUCGAUAUGGGACCUCGCGUCGCCCACGCCUCGUAUGAGGGCCGAACUGACCUCGUCCGCGCCUGCGUGCUACGCGCUCGCUAUCAGUCCCGACUCUAAGGUAUGCUUCAGUUGCUGUUCAGACGGAAACAUAGCCGUAUGGGAUCUACAGAACCAAACAUUAGUUAGACAAUUCCAAGGACAUACAGACGGCGCGUCGUGCAUAGACAUAAGCCCGGACGGCACGCGGCUGUGGACCGGCGGGCUGGACAACACUGUGCGCUCGUGGGACCUGCGCGAGGGCCGCCAGUUACACCAGCACGACUUCAGCAGCCAGAUCUUCAGCCUGGGCUACUGUCCCACCGGUUCAUGGCUCGCGGUCGGCAUGGAGAAUUCUCACGUGGAAGUGUUACACGCGGGCAAACCGGACCGCUACCAGCUGUUACUGCACGAAUCGUGCGUUCUGUCGCUACGGUUCGCCAGUUGCGGCAAGUGGUUCGUGUCUACAGGGAAGGAUAACCUGCUAAACGCGUGGCGCACGCCGUACGGUGCCAGUAUAUUCCAGUCCAAGGAGUCGUCAUCAGUGCUCAGUUGUGAUAUAUCGGCGGACGAUAAGUUCAUAGUGACGGGCUCCGGCGACAAGAAGGCAACAGUAUACGAGGUCGUCUACUGAACAAUCUCAAAUGAACUUGCGGUCCAGUGAAGUGAGAUUGGUUUUAUACUGACGGUUGGUGUUGGCUGUUCGACUUGACAAGGUCUGGUAUAUCGAAUAAAUAACGAGUUUGAAUUUAGAACUCUGGAAUGGCUGAGUUUGAAUUAUGAACUUGGGAAUGGCUGAGUUUUGACUUGAGGACUCGGGAAUGGCUGAGUUUGUUGAAUCGAGAAUGCCUGAGUUUGAAUAAAGGACUCUGAAAUGGCUGAGUUUGAAUUAUGAACUCGGGAAUGACAGAUUGAAUUAAGUACUCUCAAAAUGGCGGAGUUUGAAAAAGGACUCAGGAAUGGCUGAAUUUCAAAAAAGGACUCGGAAAUGGCUCAGAUUCAAUUAAGAGCUAGAGAACAGCGGAGAGAAUUCGAACGAUUGAGUUCAUUUUGAAUUUAUAAGUUGAAUUGUUGUUAAGGAUUAGUUUUUAUUGUAAGCUUACCACAUACACUCUAGCAGCAAAUGUGCGGUACAUACUUUUUUUUUUGAAAAUUUUACACGUAGCGUAGCUUAACAGAACUGAAUUUAUAAAAAAAGGUUGUAAGUUAAUUUAAGAGGUAAGAAAAAAGAGCAUAGCUCUAAUUUGUCAUCAGCCAAUCCCAACCACGUUAAUUUAAGUGUAAUUUUAAUGUAACUGAUAGAAAUAGAUCAAUGUUGCACCGUUAAACAUUAAUAUUUUAGUGUUAUUGUAUAUUUUUAUAAUGAAAUAAGAAAAAAACAUUUUUUAUUAUUUUUCCAUGAGUUGAGUUAGUUUAGGGUCCAUUUCUUACAAUUAUUAAAUUAUUUUACAGUCCAAUCAUCACAAUGGACUAACGUGACUAUUUUAAUAACGUAGAUCUUUAAAAUCGUAUACAUAUCUUUAUUUUUUCAGUAUAUUUUCGAAGAUUUAUUGUAAAAAAGAUACCAUAAAACUAUUAGGUCCCUAAGUAAACACAUUAUGAAAAAUUUACAUUAAUAGGACUUCAUUUUAUUUGAUAGAUUUUUUUUAUAAAAAUAAGGAUGUUUUAAAAAAAUGCUUUACGGUUGAUGUUUCUUUUCAUCGACAAACUUCACGUAGAAGAAAAACACGCACACACGCUUUUAGUGGAUUGCGAGAGAAUAUCAUGAAUACGGAACCCAUCUUAAGCCAAAACAAGACAAUGACCACCGUAAUUUAGAUCUUAUUGAUUUGAAAUAAAAGUGAAAUCUAUAGCAAUGUGACAUCUAAGGUUGCACCAACACUGUGGCACAAGAUGGCGCCACCAGUAAAUGUCAACAUUUUUCACUUGUCAUUCUGCUUUAGACAGAUAUUUUUUUUUUAACAUUUCUUGGAGACCUGUAUUAAAUCAUCAAUUUUACUAGAGAUAUAUCCUUAAAAAGUGGGUUCCAUAUUUAAUUAACAAUAUCAUACCAUACCAAUUUGUGAAAUAUGUUCGCGAAGAAAAUCUAAACCGGUGCUGAAUAGGAUAGUCGACUAACUUUGAUCGUAACAAAAUGAACAAGAUUGAAAAUUCAAGCUCGAACCUCGUUAUUCCGUGCAUUACUCGAACUAAAGUCCGGUCGUCGAGCAGAUUGAAUUUCGUCCAACGGCCCUAAGCUACCCAUCCUUAUCGCUCGCGCGUAAUUAUAUUGCUGUGGCGCUCGCACACUUACUGCGGCCGCCCGUCGCACAGUCGCUACAGCAAUCUAAUCACGCGCGAGCGAUAAGGAUGGGUAGCUUGGGGUCAUUGGUCGAAAUUCUAUCUGCUCGACGACCGGACUUUACACUAUUUUGGGUUGCCGUAUGAAAAAAAAAGUUAGUCAACUAACCUAUUUAGCCCGAAAUGUACUGAAUACUCGGAAUAAAAUCAUUACUCGCUUUAUCUAUUAAUGAACUGCUCUGUAUUUAAGAAAAUCUGUGAUGCAUCCAAUUUAUUUGUUCAUUCUCAAAAAUCUAACAUUCAUUUUGUAAAAUUAAGUACAAGAAUAGUUCCUUGUUGUUUUAGUGUAAAAAUUAACAUUUGAAAUAUUAUAUUCGAGCUUGCAGAUUCAGACUGAGAGGUGAAUGGGAUGUGAAUUAAAUUAUUAACUUUUAAUUAGAGAUUUGAUCUUUUUUUUGACGAUUGGUAAAAUGUGCUAAUGAUAUAUGACGAUUUAAUAAUCAUUUUGACCAGAAAAAAUUGAGAAGCAAAAAUGUAUUACUGAUAUUAUUUCUAUUCAAAAUAGUAAAAAGGUUGUGGCCAGCAAAUUGAGAACUAAAAUCAAUGACAAAUAAAAUAGUGAUGUAAUAUAACAUUAUAGCAAUAAUUUAGUUCACCAUUCACUGAUUUUAGUUCCACAAUAAGCUGGUUGUUAAACUAUUAGAUUUUAAUUAUGAAACCAGAUGUCUAAGCUUGAUCUUCAUUAGAUAAGUUGUUCUCGUUUGACUUGUUUCAUGUUCCAACCGAACAAAGGUUCAUUGCAUUUUAUGAAAACUUUAGUUGUACGAUUAUUUAGCCCACAUUAUAUUAUAUGGCCAGCCCUGAUAUGGAGGUUUCUCAUUAAGAAAUUAUUAGAUCUUAUCAAAGUAAAAAUGGUAUAAAUGAAAAUUGGACAGAAAUCUAUAAUCAUUUUAAGUUUCAAAACAUCACAAUACAAUGAAUUUUUUAUUUCGUACAAGUUUAUAGUUCUAUAGUUUAUUUAUUUUCGAUACAAUAUUGACUGUUGACAUGAAGAAUAACGUAUACUUGGUAUCGUUUAUUUUUUCUUGAGUAUUUUAUAGUAAUAGAAGUACCUAAUGUACUUAACAACUUGAAUUCCAGUAUCUGUAUGGUUGUCAAUGAUCUGCAAAUUGUGAUAUUAACUCUCCAGUAAACAAGCAAUGUAAUGUUUUUAUGUACACGCUACAUCGGAUUUGACUGUAAGCGACUAGUUGUUAUUUUCAUGCAAAAUUGAAUUGUAUUACUUUAAUUAUAUUUAUUAUUUCGAUA